GGGCACGCACGCGCAGACGUUCGCUCCGCUCGCGGCGCGAGUCAGGGACGUUCGGCUCUUUCCGUCAGUCCGUCGCCGCUGUUCGGCCAUUUUCGGAGCUGGUCGGUCCCCGUGCCCAGACCAUGCAGCGGUUUCUGGGGCGCUUGGUGGACUCCCACAAGCAGCUCCUCAGUAACGUCCGUCCCAUGCUGGGCACCGAAUAAACAAGUUCGAUGAAUGAUUCCCGUGCGUGUGCGCACUGGGGAAACCGCUCCGUAUCUUUGGGCGCCUCCGAGCCCCUUCGGAAGUCCUCGGCAGCCCUACGAAGGCUCAGAAGCACGCUCGGGCAUCUCCGGAACCCUCCGGUAACCCGGUUCCCCGCGUAGACCGCCGGACUCGGGCCUAUUCGGAAACGCUCGGGCCCCACUCGGUCGCGUUCGGAAAGCUUCCGCACUUUUCGCGGCCCCCUUCCAACUUGACACUGUUCGGAGGCCCCUUAAAGAGAAAAAACUAGACGGAGACUUCUCAAAGUCUGGCAUUGGCCAGGAUCCGUGAUUGGCUCUAAGGACGAGCUGCAGUUUGGAGGAAAAGAGAAUGUACCAGAUCUCUUGGGCGUUUGUUUUGGGGACAGCAGUUCUGGGGAGGUCACUCCCAGGGGUGCUCAGAGUUUACGCCUAGCUCUAGUACUCAGGAGUCACUCCUGGAGAUGCUGGGGACCGAAUUCUGGUCGGCUGUGCGCAAGGAAAGCCCCCUGCUCCCGUGUACUGGGUUCCAGCCCCAAGGAGGGUACCUUUCCAACAAAGCUUAACAAGAACAAGGGCGCUGCCAUAGGCAUGCGCUGUCUGGGAUUCCCCGGGCGUCGCCCCUGUCGGGCAUUCUCUGGACCCUCGGUAACAAGGCCUUGGAAGUUUGGACUCCCCCAGAAGCCGCCCGUGGGUACAGACCUGAUGGCCGAGACCAGGGAUCCGGCCUACCCACCCUAGCGGGUUAGUUCGCGACGAGGCGCACAAGAGUCCUCAUUGAACAGCAGCGCGCAAUCUCACUCCCUGGGCUGCCCCUGAUCGCGCCCCGACCGCUGCUGGCCUGCUGGUGGCGGGCGCGGCGCCGAGGCCUGUCCCGGCGGGAAGCAAGGUCCCCCGUCCCCGGGCCCGCAGCGCCAUCGCCUGCACCCAGGAUGGCUUCGCCAUCCUGACUCUCCGCAGGCCGGGCCUCACUCACUCACCCCGCCGGGCUCAGGUGACCGGCUGGCCUUCGGGCACACCUGGCGCCGGCCCCUGACCCCGCCCCGGGCUGGGCCCGCACCCCGGGCCGCCCUCUCGGAGGCGGCGGCGCAGCAGGGCCAUGGCGGCAGCGCCGGCUGUGGGUGCGGUGCAGGGCUCGGCGGCGGGACCCCCGGCGGCCCCGGGCGGCGCGUCAGGGCCCGCAUCGGGGCUGGGGCGCUGCCGCGCGGCGCUGCUGCUAGCCGUGGCUCUGGACGUGGCGGGCAUGGCGGCGCUGCUGACCGGCGUGUUCGCGCAGCUGCAGGUGCGCGGCCGCGACUUCGGGGACCUGCUCAUCUACUCGGGCGCGCUGCUCGUCUUCCUCAGCCUGCUGGGCUGGAUCCUCUGGUACACCGGCAACAUCGAGAUCUCCCGCCAGGAGCUGGAGCGCGACUACGGCCUGCGGCCCUCCGCCCUCGCCCGCCUGGCGCGCAAGCUCUCCCGCCGCUGGUCGGCGCCCGCCCAAGCCGCCGGCUCGCGCCCCCUGCCCGGAGCCCACGGGCCGCGCCGCGCCGCCCGCGCGUCCCCACUGCCCGCCGCCAGCUCCCGCCGCGUGCGCCUGCAGCUCGCCACGCUCGAGGCCGGGCCGGGGCCGGCAGGAGCCGGGCCAGAGUGAGCCCCAGGUGUUUGCUGCCUGGUCCUGGUUAUGCUGAGCCUGAGGCCAGAUGAAGCUGCUGCCCCAGGGCCGCCUCCAGGCCUGCCCCGGGCCUCCUCAGACCCCCGAGUGGAGCUGGACAGCAUCGUCCUCCUGACCCGAG